AAUAUCAUGACAAGUCGUUUAACAUUUAUGCUAGUGAUCCACCUUGAUCGAAACUUUCUAUAUGUUCCCGAUAGAGGGCAAUCAAUACAGAUUCGAGUACGAGUACAACGAAAAGGCUGGUGGCUGGCUGGAAUAUCAUCCAAUGCCGGCCACCUUCACGGAUGCGUUUCUGAGAUGUAAUGCUGAAGGGGCAGUCCUAGCAUCUCCGCUAAACCUGCAGCUACAGCGUGCAAUGGUAACACUUCUGAAAACGCAUAGUGACUCCUGUGGCAUCUUAACAGGAAUACACGCAACCUUCUCUAAAGGAGAUUAUUCUUCAAUCGAAGGAGUUCCGUUGUCCAAGAUACCCAUUAAAUGGGCACCCAAUGAACCAGACAACUAUGAUAACAACGAAGACUGCAUCAUCAUGGUGAAUAAUGGCACCCUGGCUGACGUCCGCUGCAAUGACACUUACCCCUAUAUUUGCUAUAAGAAGAAAACAGAUAGUACGGUUCAAACACCUUGUGGAACCACGGAUCCAGAAUACACCCUGGACACACGUACUGGCAGCUGUUAUAAGUUCCACCCAGUUGGUCGCACCUGGAGACGAGCCUUCAUGACCUGUAUGGCGGAGGGGGGGCAUCUAGCCAUCAUUAAUAGUGACAUUGAAGCGCUAGUCAUCAAGAACAUAUUCGCUAAAUAUCCGAAUGAUAAAGUUCUAUCUCCAUAUAAACAUGUAGCCUCCAUUGGAUAUUGUGACUGGGGUGAGCGUGGUGUUUGGUACACAAUCCACGGUCAAUCUCUUGCUGAAGCUGGUUUCUCGACUUUCGACAAAGGCCAGCCAAACAACGAUAAGACUUAUGAUAACGGCUCAUUUUGUGGCGCAAUUUCCCGUACUGGUCUUUUAAAUGACGUUUGGUGUAACGGUGCCCUUUUAGCCUUCAUAUGUGAAAAGAAACCUGAGAGCGAGUAACCAAAUGAAAAGGGACUCGGUUUUAAUGAAAAAACAAAAAAAAAUGUUUUCAUUUACCUCUGAAAGGAAACUAUCACAACAAUCAUUGUCGAUAUCAUAAUAUUAUGUUCAUCAGUUACAAUCACCUGUACUUAUAUCCAAGUUUAAACGAGUAUUUAAAGAUGCAAAAAAUGAGCCAUAUUGUAAAACAUCUUGCAUUAUAAACAUAGUAGACUCUCUAAUUAACACGAUAUUGCGAAUAAACCGUAAUAAACUGUGCGAUAAGUAAAUAAAAAACAUUACAUUACACUUAUUAUAACCAAUAAGUACUAAAGGACUACUGGAAUGUAUUACGAUUCUUAAGCUUAGAUUAAAACACAUUUGAUUAAGAAAUUUUCUUCAGUCCCUUUAGAUCUAAGAUAGCUCAGAGUUUCGAGCAGUCGCCCAGAUUGCAAAAGGUCAUGGGUUCAAGUCUAAUCUCAGAGUGCCAGGGAUAAAGUGGAUUUUUAAGCAGGUUUCAUUAAGAAUAUUUUCAAUAUAGCAUUAUGAAUGUAAAAUUGAUCAAAUAUAAUAAUAAAAAAUUCUAUUCU